CGUCACAACAACUGAAAGAAUGCAACAAUGGCGUCCUCCAGUAGUUCGGAUAAUCAAUCCAAAGCGGUGAAAUCGUCAAGUUCUACAUACACAGUAUUGACCAGAAGCAAGAGCAAAAGUCUGUCUGCUUACAAGUCAGACUCGUGGUGGAACAAACUGCCAGACGAGGCCCUCAUUCUUGUGUACAGCUACCUUGAAGACAGUGACAGAGCCUCGAUGUCCUCGGUGUGCAAACAUUGGAACAUUAUCUUCCGGACGCCAACCCUCUGGAGGGAGCGUCACUUCAUGUUCGUUGGUAUGAGAGCCACGGAGCAUACGAAGAAAGCAUGUGAAUUUAUUACCCAUGUUGGUCCUCAUCUCAGACGUAUGGUCCUGGAAUGCGGACAUCCAGUUCUUCACACGGCCAGACCCAUCGCAGAAGCUGUAGCAACUUUUCUGGGCCAUACCAUAAAAAUCCCCAAUAUGAGAGUCACUUAUUUCAAAGUUGUAUAUCUCGACUGCUACCACAGCUGGAGGUUUUUCGAUCUGUCAAGGGGAAAACUUAUAGACGCGUUGACUAAAUUCCUUAGAAAACAGAGAAACUUACGAAAGCUUGACCUCUCUGGAGCUCACAUGACGUCAGCAGAAGGGAUGAGGUGCCUCGCUUCCGCAGCGCAAAGUCCUGCCAGGAAAACUAUCAGCUAUCUUCACAUCAAGGACUUUUUCGAGCUACGUUACCCAGCAUUCCAAGACAACCGCUUCCGGGACAAUCUGGCUCGCUUCACCAGCCUCCGCCAGCUCUACCUCAACUACCUGUACGUUGAUGAGCACGUUCUUCAGGUUUUGCGAUCUCACAGCAGAACAAGCCUCCAGUAUCUACGGAUCGUUGUGGACUCGAGUGAACCUUGCAAUCAUAGCAUCUCGGCAUAUUCGUGGCGUGAUUUUAGUGACGGUUGUCCUCAUGCGAAGGUUGUGUUUCAUUUUCUAGGGAAGCUGUCGAUUGAAGAUUACAGAAGGGUGUUUGUCCGGAGUGUCCCGAUACAUGAGGUCGACAUCCUCAGCUGGGAUCGCUACCCGAGUGACCGGGACCCCACCUCUGAGGACAUGUCAGCCGUCCUCGCCCACAUCAUCUCGACUUACUCAGCCCAACUAGUGAACUUCCGACUCGCUUUUGAUCACCUGAGUGACGAACCAAUCGACUCUGCGCUCGUCAUGCUGCUCGACAGGUGCACGAAGUUGAAGGACGUGUGCAUCAACACCGCCAUUAGGAUCGACACGGUUGAAAAGAUUUGUGCAACCCUAAAGAAGAAAAGACCUAGAGUAUUGGAACACCUGGAGUUGAAAGUUCGUGACUUGACCCCAGAGGAAGUGUCCAAGUUACGGGGCAUCGCCAUUUUAAGCAGCGAGGAGCUCGGAUUGCGGAGUGUGGAUGUUCAGCCAGAUGACUGACCAAUCACUGACCUUGACAGACAGCAACGGCCAAUCGGCACUCAGAUACAACCAGUUUCGUUGAGGUUGAUCCGAAAGUCCACCGAUCAUGAUAGAACAAUUGUAGUUCAAAGAUUGUGAAGGAAAUAUAUAUUUCCGUAUCUUAUCGAUCUAUGGGUGUAUGACCGUAUAAUAAUACAUAUUUCAUUAUGUUUUUAAAUAUUUCCGUGCAAUAAACUACAGGUAUA